AUGUUUAUGGAAAAGUACAAAGAGGGACAAAGACAACUGGAUUGUGUGUUCAUCGAUCUGGAGAAGGCAUAUGAUAGAGUACCAAGAAAGGAACUGUGGCACUGCAUGCGGGAAUCGUCGAUACCGGAAGUGUAUGCAAGGGUGGUACAAGAUAUGUAUAAUGAGUGUAUGACAGCAGUGAGAAGUGUAGUGGGUAUCACAGAAGGGUUUAAGGUGGAAGCUGGUAAGUUAACUGAUGGGCUUUGGAAAGGAGCACCGUGGACUAUGACGUUUGCAGACGACAUUGUGUUAUGUAGCGAAAAUAGAGGAGAACCAGAAAAAGACCGGGAAAGGUGGAGACAUGCAUUAGAGAGGCGCGGCAUGAAAACUGUGAAGGUUCUUAGCAAUGCUGCAGUUAAAAGGAGUGUUCAGGCAAGAUGGAGUGGGUGGAGAAAAGUGACGGGAGUUUUGUGCGACAGGAAUAUGCCAAUAGGAGUGAAGGGGAAAAUCUACAGGACGUGUGUAAGACCAGCAUUGUUGUAUGACAUGGAGACAAUACCUGUAACAAAAUUGCAAGAAGUAAAGAUGGAGGUGGCAGAGAUGCGAAUAUUGAGAUUCACUCUGGGUCUCACACGGAAAAACAGAAUAAGGAAUGAGACAUGCUAG